UUUUAGAUUGGGAAACCCGUCCACGGUCUCUUUCCAAAAUCAUGCCGCCGAAGAAGGGUGCGAAGGGGGCCGCCAAGGGCGCGGCUGCCAAGACGGAAGCCAAGCCGGCAGAGAAGCCUGCGGCAAAGCCUGCAGCCAAGUCUGCAGCCAAGGGGAAGGCAGCGGCCAAACCUGCCGCCAAGAAGGAUGCCAAGGCACCAGCCAAGAGACCUGCACCCAAGUCUGUCAAGACUGUGGGACAGGUCACUAAGGCGAAGGCGGAAGCACUGAAGGCUAAGAAGGCAGUCCUGCGUGGGGUACACGACAAGAGACAAAAGAAGAUCAGGACCAAGGUUCGCUUCAGGCGGCCCAAGACCCUCAAGACCAAGAGGAUGCCCAAGUACCCCCGCAAGAGUGCCCCCAGGUUAAACAAGUUUGACCAGUAUGCCAUCAUCAAGCAUCCCCUCACCACGGAGUCUGCAAUGAAGAAGAUUGAGGACAACAACACGCUGGUCUUCAUCGUUGAUAUCAAAGCCAACAAACCCAAGAUCAAGAUGGCCGUCAAAAAGCUGUACGACAUCGAAGUGGCUAAGGUCAACACACUCAUUAGGCCAGAUGGACAGAAAAAGGCCUACGUCCGGCUAGCUCCAGACUAUGACGCACUAGAUGUUGCAAACAAGAUUGGCAUUAUCUAAACUGCUGGAACUGUCCUGGAAGCAGAGAGUCUGCUAGAUACAAAUAAUAUACAAAAAAACUUCCAACAAUAAAGUCUGGAAAAUGUG